CGUGGUUUUACAGCGGUUCAAUUGAGGUGUUUGAGCGCCUACUAAUCGUUCCACGUGCACCAUUGCAUUGAUGCACCUUACGGGAUUUCCGAUUUACGUGUGCGCCUACUUGUAAUACAUGUAACUCUGAGUUGAGCCGAGGCCGUACUCGCAGCUGGGCCGGACUCGCGCAUGACACGCGUCCGUUUCGUGUGCCGUGCCUUCGGUGCGCGACAGCGCUUCCAAGCUUGAUACAUCUUUUCGUGCACUCCGUCCAGGUGACUCCGUCUAACAUCAAAUUUGCCAACAUUGAAGAAAUAUCUCGCUGUCUGUGAUCAGUCAUGACCGGCAUCAGGAAGGACGAAGUUUUACUUGUCGGGUCUAGUGCUGCCGUCGCUGAACAAAUCAAAACCGGAACACAGCAGGCACUCAAGUAUGCGUCUCUGGUGACAUUGACAGUUCAAAAUGCUGCUCUUAACCUAACCAUGCGGAUGGCUCGCACACAGAAGGACCUUUUCAUAGCCAGUACGGCUGUUAUAAUGGCUGAAGUGAUAAAGCUUGCAACAUGCCUCAUCAUGGUACGCGUGGACGAAGGCAGCUUCCAGAAGUGGCGUUCUUCUAUUCACCGCAUUGUAGUGUUGCAGCCCGUGGAUACACUCAAGGUGGCUGUGCCAUCUUUGGUGUACAACAUCCAGAACAACCUGCUCUAUGUUGGUGCCACCCAUUUGGAUGCAGCCACAUGUCAGGUGACCUAUCAACUGAAGAUCCUCACUACCGCCCUUUUCUCACUGGCACUGCUCAACAAGAAGCUUGCAGCUGUGCAAUGGGUGGCGCUUCUGGUGUUGUUUGUGGGAGUAGCACUCGUUCAGCUGGCACAGAUGGGUGUGCAUCCCGCAAUCGUGGAGGGCCAUGUGCAGAGGCCCCUGGUUGGUUUCCUGGCCAUCCUGGCAGCUUGCUGCUUAUCCGGAUUUGCAGGUGUCUACUUUGAGAAGAUCCUUAAGGGCAGUGACGUUUCUGUGUGGAUGCGCAACGUCCAACUGAGCACUUUUGCUGUCCCCUUUGGCUUGCUCACGACACUUGCCAAUGAUUAUGCAGAAGUUCAUGAGAAGGGAUUCUUCUAUGGGUACAACAUGCUAAUCUGGAUCGUCAUUCUUCUGCAAGCCCUUGGUGGGCUGCUGGUUGCAGUUGUUGUUAAGUACGCUGACAACAUCCUCAAGGGCUUUGCCACUUCACUUGCUAUUGUGCUUUCAUGUGUGGUAUCAGUGUAUGCCUUUGAAUUCCACCUCAGCUGGCAGUUUGUGGCUGGUGCAGCGCUUGUCAUGGGCUCCAUCUUUCUCUACAGCCGACCCAAUGCAAGCAUGGUACAGUUGCACAUUCCAUCACGCAAAGUUUGAGUACAAUGCAUAGUACAAACAACAGUGCACAUGCUGUAGGCAUGCUUGGAUAGUGAAGCAUUCCUUCAGUGCAGCAUGCCACAGUAGCACUUGUAUCAGGACAUCUUCUGGCUCGCACUACGCUAGCAGGCAAUCAAAGCAAGGUUAUGCACCCUCCUGUCAGUGAUGGCUCGACAUGAGCAUGGCUUGUAAGCAAAAGCUUCAGCUACCUUGUACCUUGUGCACUGUGGUUUGCUCGAUGCAUUGACUGUUAGCAUUGGUCCAGUUGUUGUGCACGUGUAAAGUAGGCUAUGUAUGAAAACGAUUUCUCAUUUUCUAAUUCCCUUCGAUUACGAUUUAAUAAAGCUAUGUUGUGAAAAA